GCAUCCGACCUGAUCGUUCACACCCUGCCAGAGGAGAAACGAGCUCCAAAACCUGCCUGGGACAAACUGCUCUUUGGCCACCACUGCAGUGAUCACAUGAUCAAGGUUCGCUGGACCAAGGCAGACGGCUGGGAUACGCCAACCAUAGUGCCGGUGCACAACUUUUCAAUGCACCCGUACUCUAAAGUAUUUCACUAUGCACAGGAGCUUUUCGAAGGCAUGAAAGCCUACAGAGGACCGGACAAAAGGAUUCGUCUCUUCCGACCAGAUAUGAACAUGAAGCGAAUGCGGCAAUCAGCUGCCCGACUUUGCCUGCCGGACUUUGACGGCGACGAGUUGAUCGAAAUAAUGAAGCAACUGCUGCAGAUAGACGAGAGCUGGGUGCCGCCCAUUGAAACGAAUGCCUCCAUGUACAUCCGACCGACGCUGAUGGGCACCGAGCCCACUCUGGGCGUACAGCCCUCCAAUGAGGCGAUGCUCUUUGUCGUCAUGGGCCCAGUGGGGCCCUACUUCAGCACCAGCCAGGUGAAGCCGGUCUCCCUCAUGGCCAAUCCCAAGUACGUGCGCGCCUGGCCCGGCGGCUCAGGCGACAGCAAACUGGGCUCCAACUACGCGCCCACGCUGAAGGCGCAGCAGGAGGCGCUGAAGCGAGGUCACCAGCAGGUGCUGUGGCUGUACGGUGACGACCACCAGCUGACGGAGAUCGGCACAAUGAACAUCUUCUUGUUCAGCAAACGACGCGACGGCACACUGGAGCUGGCCACGCCGCCGCUCACCGAGGGACUCAUUCUGCCGGGCGUCACUCGAUUCUCACUGAUGGACCUGGCUCGCUCCUACGGGGAGUUCGAUAUCGUAGAGCGGGUCAUUCGCAUGCAAGAAGUGGAAGAUCUAAUUGCCGAAGGCCGACUACUCGAAAUAUUCGGUGCCGGCACAGCCUGCGUCGUUUCGCCCAUUGGCGAGAUCGGCUUUGAAGGGAAGACGCUCACAAUUCCGCCGCCUAAGCUGUCGCUUCGGUUGCUCAAAGAACUUACCGACAUUCAGUACGGUCUCAAGCCGCAUCCGUGGUCGGUAGUUGUUGG